CUUGCCGGUGGAUAUACCAUUUUCCUGUCAUCUUGAGGCUGUGCAGGAGUACCUGAAUAUGAUAAAUGUUAUCCGAGGUCGAAUGUCUCGCAUGUGCCUAAAAGGGCCUGAUCUGCCAGCAAGAAGACCCCCUCUACUACUUGUGAGGGCUCACAGAAUCCUGUGUGUGUCUGAAAUCUACCAUGAGUUCAGGGUUCAUUGGUCCUUGGAUGUCAGAAAACUGACAAAGUACAAGUUUUUAUUGUCUGUAAAUACAUUUAAAGGAGUACGAGCAAUCCUGAAGACAUAUUGGAAACAUCCAGAACUGUGUGUGACUACAUAUCGUUACUGGCAGCAUGCUUCAAAUAUUGUUUGUAUGUUUCAUGUUUGUAGUGUUGUCGCAGCUUGGUCCAUCUUAGCAUUUAUUCUUGGAGGAUGUCGAUCUCAGAAGUAAGACUGUGGAGCCACAAGCAGACAGUUUAAAUUAGGAAAUGUUGUGCUUUGCACUACUAGUUGUACACUAAUAAAGUUUUCUUUCCUUCUGUGA